UUUUUUAGAUGAACCUAAAAGGAAUAUUAUUCUCUUGUGGAAGACGACCAGCUGAAAGAAAUCCGCCUGUGUGCCCUGACCAGAUUACGAAACAUAUGAUCUCAUCAUGCCUAACGCUGUGUAUACAUUCCUUCUCCACGACUACCGCCAUACUAAGCAGAAGAAAUGCUUCAAGAAAAAACUUUUAUCUUGUAUAUGAGUUGUGAGUCAGAUAAGGAUUGGGACCCGGCCAUCUUAAGUUCACAGUACGAUUGAAAUUUAAUGUGUUUAAAGUUGGAGGAUGAGCAUUACUCCUUAGAUAAUGGUGCAU